AUGGUAAAAUUGUUUGGAAAAUCGAAGAAAAAGGAGGAAUCUCCUCAAUCCAUUGAUAUUGCAUUCCAAAGUAUUUUGGAUGAAAUUGGUGUUGUUGAAACAGAAAAAAAACAUUUAAUGGCAACAAUGGAUACAGUUAGAAAACAACAAUUAAUUCAAUCAUAUUCAAGUAAAAAAUUUUCAAAGAAUGAAUUUGGGAAUAAAUCAAAAAAGAAAUCAAUUAUAACUCAAUCACCACAUUACUUUGUAGAUUGUUUAAAAAAUGACCCAUCUAAAGAAGUAUUGACAUCAUUACGUGUUCGUUUGGGUAAUCAACCACUAAAAUGGUUGAAAGAAUUUUUAUCAUUAGAUGGUGUAUCAUUAUUAAUUAAAGUUUUAAUUUUAAAUGAAAUUAAACAAGUUAAAAAUCAAGAAGAUAUUUAUAAAAUUGCACAAUGUUUACAUUCAUUAAAAUUAAUAAUGAAUACAAAAUUUGGAUUAGAAUCAGUUAUAAAACAACCAACUAAUAUACAUUCAAUUUCAUUGGUUAUGGAUACACCACAUUUGAAGACUAGAAUCAUGGUUAUAGAAUUAUUGGCAGCAUUAUGUGUUGUAAAUUCCAAAGGUUUACCAUUGGUAUUGAGUGCAAUGGAUAACUAUAGAGAAGUAAAGAGAGAGAAGAAACCAUUCAUUCAUCUUUUUCAAGGUUUAAAGAAUCCUUCUGGUUCAUUACAAGCUACUACAUUUGCAUUGAUUAAUACAUUGAUUAGUAGUAGUCAAAGUGUUGAAGAGAGACAAAAGAUUAGAAAUCAAUUUAAAAAGUUGGGUAUUACAAAGGUGAUUGAGGAAUUGGAGCCAGAAUAUGCAAAUAAUCCAGAUUUGGCAACACAAAAAGAUCUAUACGAACAGGAAUGUAGAUGGGAUGAACAAGAACAAAUUGAAAAUGCACGUGGUGAUAUCUCUGAUGAAAACCCUGAAGCAUUGGUAAAGGCAAUCCUUGAUAGAACUGCUGGUGGUCCAUUGUAUUCUUCAUUCACUUCAAUCUUAAGAUUAUUGGCAAAUUCAAUCACUGAUCAAACAAAGGAUCAGUCAUUGUCAAACUAUUUAUUCGUAGAGAAGGUCAUUGGUAAAAUGAAUAAUGGUGAAUCUUAUCUCGAUGAUAUUGGUACAUUUUUUGGUGGAGGUGGUGGUGGUGAUGGUAGUUUAGAUAUCGCUCAUGUAUCUGGAGAGAAAGCAGUACUCAUUCAAAAGGAGAUUGAAGAUUUAAAGAAACAAAAAAAGAGAGAUCAAGAUAAAUUGGCAGAGAAAGAUAAACUCUUAACUAAAUUGGCAAAGAGAAUGAGAAAGAUGGAAGAGGCAAUUAAAUUAGGUAAAGGUUUAGAAUAUUUAAAUAAUCAAAUUGAAAUUGAAUCACCACCCGAUUCAUCUACAAGUACACCACAAGAAACAACACCUGGUGGCACCAAAGUACCUUUGAAAACUUCACCAGUUACAAAGGCUGAUCUUAAACAUAAACUUUCAACAUUUACAACUGCUAAAGCUCCAAAUGGUGUAAGUGAUUUCCUUAGCGGUCUUGAUACCACUAAUCAACAAGGAAGUACGGAUGCAUCUCAAACUGAAGCUGGUAGUGGCGACGGUAUACCUUUACCACCGGGAGCACCUCCCCCACCUCCACCACCAGGUGGUAAAUUAGCACCAUCAACACCACAACUAUGUUCACGUCCACCAUCAAUUAAAAUGAAAUCAUAUCAAUGGACACGUUAUCGUACUAGAAACGUUACCAAUACAUUCUGGAAGAAUGUUAAUCUCACAAAGUAUAAUGACUGUUUACCACAUGAACAAAUUGAAGGUUUAUUUGGUGCAGCCAUAUUUGAAAAGAAAGAAAAGGAAUUGAAAAAAGGAUCAGAGGUAACUGUUAUUGAUACAAAGAGAGCUCAAAACAUUGGUAUUCUCUUAUCAAGAUUUAAAAAUGUUACUCAUGAUGCAAUCUAUGAUGCAAUCUAUAGUUUGGAUGAGUCAAUAUUGGAUCUUGAAACCAUUAAUCAAUUCAUAAAGUAUAUUCCAUCAAAGGAAGAAAUUGAUUGUAUCAUUGCAUUUAAACAACAACAAGAACAACUACCAGAGGAAGAGAGAAUGAAAUUGGGUAAAUCUGAAAUUUUCAUUGAUAAAAUCUCUACCAUUCCAAGAUUAGAACAAAGAAUUCAAGCAUUACAUUUCAAAUUGAAUUUCCCUGAUAAAUUAUAUCAUGCAAAACCAGACAUUAGAAAAUUCAAUGAGGCAUUUGUUCAACUUCAAAAUAAUAAUAUAUUUGCAAUUAUGGAGUUAAUUCUUUCCAUUGGUAAUUUCAUUAAUUUUGGUACAAAUCGUGGUAAUGCAAGUGGUUUCAAAAUAGAUUCAAUCAAUAAAAUGGCUGAUACAAAAUCAAAUAUUCGUGAAAAGUAUACACUAGUUCAUUAUCUCAUUGAGUUAUUAGAAAGUACUCAACCAGAAUUAUUAAAAGUUUUCGAUGAAAUUCCAUCAGUUGUUGAUGCUGCUACUCUUUCAUUUAAUCAAUCAUCUUCUGAAAUUAAAUUAUUAAGAGCUGGUUUAAUUAAAUUAGAAAAAGAAAUUUUUGUUAGACAACCAAAAUCAGUUGAACCAAAACCAGAUGAUGAAACUAUUAAUAAUAAUGGUGAAGAUGAUAUAAAUAAUACCUCUAGUGAUGAAAAAACUGAAGGUCAACAACAAAGACAAGGAGAAGAAGAAGAAAAUGAUGAAAGUGAAUCAACUGGUAAUAGUUUUGCUGAUAGUUUAAAGAAAAAGAAAUCUCAAGUUAAUACAAAUUCAACAUCAGAUUCAAAACAAUCAUUAGAACCACUUAAAGAUGAUGAUCCAUUAAAAUUGAAAUUGUCAGAAUUUUUAUUAGCAUCAAAGACAGAAUUGGAUGAUACUGAAACUUUGAUAGCAGAGACAGAGGUUCUCUUUAAAUCGAUUUGUAAAUUCUUUGGUGAGGAUAGUACAAAAAUUCAACCAGAAGAAUUUUUAGCAAUCUUUAAAAAGUUUAAUGAUAAAUUUAUAAUGUCUAAAAAGGAUUUGGAAAUUGAAAAAUCCAUUAAAGAUAAAUCAACUCAAAGAAAGAAUGAAAAGGAGAGAAAAGAAAUGGAGAUUAAAAAAUCGAAAUUGGAAAUGAUUCAUUCGAAAUUAAAGAAAAUUGGUUCACCUUCAUCCUCCAAUAGAAUUCUUGCUAGUAAUGAAUCAUCACCAACCUCUUCCACAAGUUCAGUGGUUCAUCAACAUGAUGAUGAAGAUGAAGAAACUAUCAAAGAGUAUAUCAAUAAUCCAAGUCCAUCUCAACAAUCAAAUUCUUCAGAGGAAGAAGGAAUGAUGGAUGAUUUAUUGAAUUUAAUUCGUGAUGGUAAUUUCAGAGAAUUGAGAAGGAUGAAUCUUCAACAAAAGAAACCAGUUAGAACUAAAAGAGUAAUUGCUAAACAACCAACUCGUCCACAAGCUUUAGAUACACCUUCUUCAACAUAUUCUUCAAUCUCAUCUAUAUAUGAUGCUGAACCUCUUGAUAUGAGUGAUCAAGAAGAUGAAGAUGAAGAAGAAGAAGAAGAUGAAGAGGAGGAAGAAGAAGAAGAGGAAGGAGAUGACGAUAAUGAUAACGAUGAAGAAGAAGGUGAAAACUAA